AUGGCUGCUAAUUUAGUGACAUUAAAUGGCACUCCCGCUCAUUCAAAAUCCAUAAUAUUUAAAAAAGAACUAAAGCCACCAGAUGGAAACGAGGAGUGCUCUGAAUACGGAAACAUUUACGCAAAGAUGUGCAAUGCUUCAGUCUACAAUAAGAAACAAAAUGUACCAUCACAUGGUUUGAAGUCAUUUAAUGAUUCAAUCAACACAAAUCUGGAUAAAGAUAUAGAUGAAAGGAAUACUCCGGUUUCUGGCGAACGAGUUGUCCUAUUUAGACAUAAUAGUGUGCGAGUUACUGCAUAUUAUCCUCUGAGCACCCUGAAUUUUAGCUCUUUAAAGACCAUGGCGUUACCAGAUAGGAAUGCUGAAGCACAGAAAACUAUAGUUCUCGAAAAAGGACCGUUGGAAAUAUAUCAAAUAAUUGUACCGUCUAUAUCUCCGCCCUCUCAAAGCUUAACUUACUUGUGUUUGGGGCGAAAAGCCGAUAUAAUACGGCCAAUCUUACCAAAACUGAAGAUAUCCAUGCUGAGUGAUGAAACGAGCAUAUACUGGGUGUUUAUGUUUAAUCCGGAUCACUUUUGGAAGGUGGAGUUCCUUGAUGCUGAUGAUUACAAUCAGUUGAACAUUCUAUUCGAAAAUACUAUCAAAAGUAUUUGCCGAUACACUAAUGAAUUGACUGUUGAUGAAGAUGAAAGCGCUGACAAUGAUGGCGAAAAAGAAGAAGAAGAUGAUGAUGAUUUGGAAUAUUUAUUGUAUAUGGACGAACCGGAGCGAAAUGGUGGAAAUCCCCCUUUUGCUCUGAGCAAUGACUCUUCUGAUGUGAACACGCAACCCCCUCAUGCUACCGAACCUAUCAACCAUGCAUUUAAGCGAGCUAUAGGAGAUGUUUUGGGUAGUGCUUUGCGAAAUCAAGCCGAGUUGGGGCCUGUGCGUUUAUCAUCUCCUCUUCCAGUAACGGAUGAGCUUUCCGGUACGCACGAAAAUAGUUCACCUGUAAACUCUAAGCUCUCUAAGCUUUGGCGCUGGAUUGAAGGUGAAUAG